AUGAAACUGAAGAAACGACCGAUGAAAUUGUCAGCCAAACGGCCUGUCGAUAAGGCCGGCAAGGUUCAGAAGCAGAAGCAAAAGGCAGCAAACCUGGCUAGUGUAAGUUCAUUGAAAAGGAGUUUCCUGGGAAAUACGAUCAUUUUCUAGGCUGAAAAAGUGAUGGCUCAGUUCGAAAGUGGUGCCGUGGAUACAAAUAAAAAGAAGAACUCACAGAAGAAUGGCGUGGCGAAGACGAACGGAGCCACUUUGGACAAGACCCCAAAGCCGGAAGGAACGAGUCAGAAAGACAGCUGAAGAAGAUUCUGGGUCAAGACGGUCUUCUGGUAAAACAUCAAGAAGGAUCCAAGUGGUAUAGCUAUCAGAUUGACCACGUUCAUGACGAGAAAACGGAAAAGAUGAGUGCGGCUGAGAUCCAGAAGUUACUGGAGGAAGGCCGAGAAUUUCUGGCACAGGAUGCGGCUCUUCUGCAGACGAAAGAGAAACAAGAGAACGGAUCGGAAGCCUCGUGGCUCUAUUCGGUCAUUUCGAAAGGAACGGCGGCCGAUAAGAGAACCGCAAUGCAGCUGCAAAUGCACAAAUCGCCCGUCCACUCUCUGGAAUACGUGGAGAAACUGAUUGCCUCGUGCAAGAAGCAGGGAACGAGAGACGUCGUCGAUAUCAUUCGUAAGCAAGUCCCACGAAAUGUACAGUGGCAUUCCUACUAUUUUCAGCAAUUCUUGAAGACGUUUUUAUCAACCAUUGCCUUCCGGAGAAUCGCAAACUCAUCCCGUUCUCGAACGUGCUCUCAAAGAAUUGA